UUUUUUUUUUGAGUAUUUGUUGAGCGCCAUCGUUCUAUUUGCUUUUACUCUUUCUCUUUCGUCUAUACUUUGAUCUCUAAAAUGGCCCCUACUGUCAAGUCUAAGAAGAACGCCGAAUCCAUCAACUCUCGUCUCCAACUUGUUACCAAGUCUGGUAAGUACACUCUCGGCUACAAGACUACUUUGAAGACCAUUCGUCAAGGAAAGGCCAAGUUGGUCAUCAUUGCUGGUAACUGCCCUCCUCUCCGCAAGUCCGAGAUUGAAUACUACGCCAUGUUGUCCAAGACUGGUGUUCACCACUACAACGGUAACAACAUCGACCUUGGUACCGCUUGUGGUAAGCUCUUCCGUACCAGUGUCCUCUCCAUCACUGAUGCUGGUGACUCUGAUAUCUUGACUGCCCAAUAAGUCUAAUUUUUUUAACAAUGUAUCUCUUUCUUUUUUAAAUAAUAAAGAAGACUAGAUUUACUUGAUCACAUACAAA